AAUCAGCGGCCAGCAGCUCCCAGCUCUGCUCCAUUCUGAUGCAUCCACCUGUAGACCACUAGCUCCAUGCCCGUCUUUGCUUUCAUCGUGUAACAGAUGGAUGAUGGGAAGUGGGGACGGGCUUACUUUUCACCAACAGUUCUGCCCACGCUUUAGAAGUAAUUUCUACUAAACUCCUGCCGCUCUACAGAAACUAUGUCCUUUUUUAAUUUUAGCUAACAGCAUCAUACUAAUGAAAAGACAGCUGGGAAGACUUUAACCAAAGCUCAAAGGAUGAAUGGCGAGGGUCUUUUGGUCUUUGCGGCACCACGUUUAACCGCAUUCUUCUGAACUCUGCAGAUUUUGCUGACAUCGACCGACUGGGUUUUAUGAUGACGUUCUCUGCUGUUAAACAGAAGAUCUGCUUUGACUUUGAGGAAGUUCUUCUGUUCUGAGGUGGGUUUGGUUGUAAGGUUGACCGUAAUCUAGUCACUGUUCCUUGAUGAAACUUGGAAAUACUUUAUUUUCACUUUAGACAAAGAAAACUGAGCUUCCUCCAUUCCUUUGCACGUUCCACCUUAUUCCGUAAAUGGGCGUGGCUGAAAAGUGAUGAAGGGCUGGUGCCUGGAAAUGUCACUGAGCUGGUUCUAGACGUUCCGUGUUCCAGACAGGGUGAUUCAGAGAGCAGGUUUGGAGCCGAAAGACAUGCAGCCGGACGAAGAAGCUCUGUCCUGCUCUGUCUGUUUGGGUCUACUGGAGGACCCGACGACGCUCCCCUGUGGUCACAGCUACUGCAUGAGCUGCAUUAGGACCUACUGGAGUAAAGGAAACCAGAGGAUAAGCCCCAGCUGUCCUCAGUGCAGGAGAACCUUCACACCCAGGCCAGUUCUGGAGAAAAACAUCAUGUUGGCAGAGUUAGUGGAACAGAAGAAGACAUCCGACGGUAAGAAACAACAGUUUGGACCUUCAGCUUCACAAAAAGACAAACAGAAAAUCUGCCCCCAUCACAAUGAGGAGUUGAAGAUCUUCUGUCGCACUGAUCAGCAGUUCAUCUGUCACGUCUGUCUGAUGGAUGAACAUCGGGGUCAUGAAACAGCCCAAAUAGCAGAAGAAAGGUCUGAGAAGCAGAGGAAGCUCCAGGAGACUCGACAACGAGCCCAGAAGAAGAUCCAGGACUGUGCAAAAGCUGUGAAGGAGCUCCAGCAGAAGGUGAAGAACAUUAAGGUUGGUUUUGAAAAAACUUUGGAAGACAAUGAGGGGAUCUUCUCUGAGAUGAUUCGUCUCAUCCUGACAAGAAGAUCUGAGGCAAAGGAGCUGAUCAGAUACCUGCAGGAAUUCGAAGUGAGUCGAGUCCUGGAUCUUCAGGAGAAGCUGGAGCAGGAGAUCAGAGAUCUGAAGAGCAAAGACAGAGAGAUGGAGCAGCUCUCUCACACAGAGGACCACAGCCAGUUCCUGCACAGAUACCCCUCACUGUCAGCACUCAGUGAGUCCACACACUCAUCCAGCUUCCACCUUCGUCCUGUGAGGAACGGUGAGGAGGUGACAGCAGCUGUGGCACAUGUCAGGGACAAAUUAAAGAAGCUCCUGGAGGACAACUGGAUAAACAUCUCACCAAAGUCCUUCUUUGGUGAGAUGUUUGGUUCGAAGUGCUUCAGCUUCUAUCACAUCUGUUUGAUCAUCAGUUUGGUUUUAAUUAUAUUUUCGAUGCAGAAGAAGGCUGAACCGUCAGAACCAAAGACCAAGAAAGACUUUCUGAAGUAUUCAGAACUCACACUGGAUCUGAACACAGCACACCCCCAUCUGGAACUGUCUGCUGCAAACAGAAAAGCAACAUUCACGGUCAAUACCGGGGGUUAUCACAGCCAUCCGGACCGGUUCACUUCCUGGAUUCAGGUUCUGAGCAGAGAGAGUCUGACCGGGCGCCAUUACUGGGAAGUGAAGUGGACCGGAGGAGCAAUUUACGUUGCAGUCGCGUACAAGAAUGUUGGAACAUCACAGUUUGGAAGUGAUGACAAAUCCUGGGCCUUAUACUGCGACAGAAACAGUUACAUCUUCUACCACAAAGACAUGCAGACCUGUCUCUCUGGUCCCGGUUCCUCUAGGGUGGGAGUGUACCUGGACCACGGAGCAGGUGUUCUGGCCUUCUACAGUGUCUCUGAAACCAUGACUCUUCUCCACAGAGUCCAGACCACCUUCACUCAGCCACUUCAUGCUGGUCUGCGCUUCUACGACUACUUCCUGUACUCAGGAGGAGACUCCGCUGAGUUUGUUCAGCUAAAUGAAAACCCUGAUGGCAACGGGGGAUUUGGCUAUGUCCAAAGUCCCUCCCUACUGCCCAACUAAUACAAAACUAAAUAGUACGGGACUUUCUAGUGGCCUGGAUUCAAUUUAGAUACCAUGCCCGUUACUUUUUUAGUCAUUACAGAUCAGGUAGUUCUUACAGAUGGGGUAGUUGUUACAGAUCAGAUAGUUGCUACAGAUCAGGUAGUCAUUACAGUUUGGGUAGAGACAGGCAUCAGUGCACACUGUUUUUUCACAUAGACUUGUGAAAUUUCUAGGCCACUGGAUCUGAGACUUUAAAGUUUUUGGUAGAAGUUUUUUUUUUUGGUUCUCCUGUCUGUGGUUUUGUCAGAAUGGUUCUUAUAAUCAAAGCAGAACAAUCAUGAAUGUGUUUCUCUGAUAAUGACUGGUGUGUGUUCAGAUUUAUUCAACUGCAGUUUAUGUUUAAAAUAAAAACCAUUAUCUGCUG